AUGUCUCAAUCCGACCCUCUACUAGCAGCCCCUACAACUAUCGUCCACCCCAAGCACAAGACCUGGUUGUGCGAAGAGAAGUUCAACGGUACCGAGUGCAACACCCACAACGAUGUCAACGACCUGGUGUGCAUGAAGUGUGACUACCAAGUCGAUGGUUGGACAAAGGUGAGGGCCGAGGAUGUGAAUGAAAUUCAUAUCGGGCAGCUCCACAGCUACCAAGAUGGUGUGGCCAAAUGGCAAUACUUCAAAUACUUUCUCAACCGAGGUCCAAUUUUGGAGGAUGCGCCUGGGAACAAUGCGCCUGUACCCAGAGGCACAAUCGACGGAUAG